AUGGGUCGGCGGGCGCAACCGUUACCCAUCGUGCCACCCCGUGAGGAAGGCGGAGCACCUCUGAACCUUGUCGGUCGUCACGGGGGCCGGGAGCGGCACCACGGUCGGCGGCGCGUCGACGCACCGGUCGCUCAGCCGUCUCGGGGCUACCCCGUGCCUGUUGCUGUCGUCAGGCAGCGCAGGCGCGAGUUGGUGGCCGACCGAGACGCGCUGGUCGAACGGGCGGCGAACGUCGCUACGAUUGCUGACCUGGAGGCGUACGCGGCUUCGGUCGCUGCGUGGUUCGGGGAGGACGCAACGGAAGGGGCCGGCGGUGCCGCGCCCGGCGUCCAAGGCCGGCCAAAUCGGCGGCGGAACGCCGGGGCGCGUCGGGGGGCGAGGGGAGGUGUGCCUCCGGGGGGAGAGGGUGACAGUCGUGCGGGGCAAGCUUCACUUGGCCCCGCGACGUCACAGGAGGAGCACGGGGGCUGGGUGCGCGAGGCCAAGCGCUUACAGGCGCUGUACAGGACAAACCGUCGCAAGGCAGUGCGAGAGAUCCUCCAGGGGCCUGCUGACCUCUGCCAGGUGCCCAGGCAGCAGGUUCAGGAAUAUUUCGAGCGCUUGUACCGCGGCGGGGAGGAUCUGGCCGGCGGCGGCGUGCAGGCUGAGCCCACUGACCCCUCGGACGUAGCGGGGGAGUUCGAAUACCUCGCGGAUCCCUUCACGGAGAGAGUGGUGGAUCGCCGGCUCCGGCGUAUGAAUAACUCAGCGCCCGGACCCGACGGUAUCGCCUACAAGGACCUUCGUGCCAGGGACCCGGGGGCGCGGCUCCUCACCGCAGUAUUCAAUGCGUGUCUGCGUCUUGAGGUAGUCCCCGCGUCGUGGAAGACCUCCAGCACUCUUCUUAUCCAUAAGAAGGACGACCCAAACGUGUUGGAGAACUGGCGCCCUCUCGCCUUGGGGGACACUGUCCCUAAGCUUUUCGCCGCGCUUUUGGCUGACCGCCUAACCGACUGGUCGGUCGACCACGGCCGUCUCAGUCCCGCUCAAAAGGGCUUCCUGAGGGACGAGGGGUGCUACGAACACAAUUUCGUCCUCCAGGAGAUCCUGACUGACGCGCGGAGGACUCGGAGGCAGGCGGUCGUCGCGUGGCUGGACCUGUCCAAUGCGUUUGGAUCGGUCCCGCACGCGGUGAUCCGCCGUGCUCUAGCUGGAGCGGCGGUGCCACGGAGACUCAUAGCGAUAUGGGAAUCCAUGUACGAUGGCUGCACGACGCGUGUGCGCACCGCCGACGGCUACACGGCGCCCAUCCCCAUUCGCUCGGGGGUCAAACAGGGUUGUCCGCUAAGUCCAAUCGUCUUCAACAUCGCGAUCAACUCGGUGGUGCAUGCCGCCACCGAGAUGAAUGUCGGGAUACGCCCUUCAUGGGCAAUCGUUUUCCGCGCUGGCUUACGCGGACGACAUUGCACUCCUGUCAUCGACGCCCGAGGGAAUGGGACAACUGCUUCGUGCAGUGGAGAGGGAGGCAGCGUCGGUGGGGCUGCGGUUCAACCCUGCAAAAUGCGCCACCCUGCACAUCGGUGCGGGCAAUGGCGGCAGGGUCCUGCCGACGUCAUUCCGUCUCCAGGGCCAACCGAUUCGCCCCCUUGCAGACGGCGAGCCUUAUACGCACCUCGGCAUUCCAACGGGAUUCUCCGUUGA